UAAAAUAAACAAGUUAAUUUCUCUAUUUUGUUUUGUUGUCUAGUUAGGUCGUUUUGACAAAUUUUUGAAUGUUUUGAUUGUAUAGAAUUACAAUAAAGCGUUGCAACACUUAUAGAUGCGUACAAUUUUGUUCAUACUAUAAUGUAAUACACAGUCUUCUUAGCUUGCAUUUUUUUGUAAAACACCUUAAGGAUCACUAUUCGUUUCCGUUUAAAGUUACUAGUAUAUUUCCUACAACAAAAAUAUGUCACCAACUUCGGAAUCUGCAGCGGCGGGUGGCAACAGUACCCGUGGCCGCGAGCGUGAAAAUGCACAUAUUAUCCAGCAGAGCAACAAGUGUUAUGAACACCGGGAACUGCAGGCAACUGCAAUGUCUGUCGACUAUACAGGCCAGUGGGUUUUGUUGGCCGGUCGACGCCACUUGGCAUUGCAACGUCUCGGCCAGGAUGAUGGUACGCUACGUGAAUUUCAAAGAAAUUCGAAAUAUGAAGUAUCUGCAGCUGAAUUUGCAACACUACCAAAUCGUCAGGAAUAUUGUGCGAUCGCAACCAGUGAACACAUUGAUGUUGUUACAUGGGGAGCUGCAGAUAUGCAGCAUUAUCAUUCAUUGCGUGGUCACACACGUAUGGUUACCGAUAUUGACUGGCAUAGCAAAAAUAGCAACCUACUGGUCAGCUGUUCAAUUGAUACAUUUUCACACAUUUGGGAUUUGCGCGAUCCCCGCAAGCCAACGCUGUCCUUGAGCGCAGUCUGCAUGUCUGGCGCAACACAAGUUGGUUUCAAUCGUGUUUCGGGUCAUCUAUUAGCGGCGGCACAUGACGGCGAUCUUCGCAUAUGGGAUAUGCGUAAGGGUUCGUGUCCUGUACACUAUAUCACAGCGCAUUUGAACAGAGUGCAUGGCAUUAAUUGGAGUCAUUUGCGUGAAACUUGCUUGGCUACCGCUAGUCAAGAUGGUACAGUGAAGUACUUCGAUGUGAAUAAUCCACGGCGUGCAGAGAAAAUUAUAACAAUGUCAUCGCCAGUGUGGCGAGCGCGUUAUACCCCUAUAGGCAACGGUUUGGUUAGCAUUGUUGUGCCCGCUUUGGGACGCGGUGAGAACAGUUUACUGUUAUGGAGUAAUAACAAACAAACGGAUCCUGUCUGCUCUUUUGUUGGGCAUACCGAUGUAAUAUUAGAUUUUGAAUGGCGUCCGAAUCGUGAAAACAUAUCGGAGAUUGAACUAGUUACAUGGUCACGUGACCGUAGUUUACGCGUGUGGAAAAUUGAUGAUUUGAUGCUGAAACUCUGCGAACCCGAUUUCGAUAGCAACGAAGUGUGCGAUACACCUGAUUCUUUUGCCGACACUCCAACUAAAUUUCAACCGAUACACUCAUCAUCUUUGUACCAGCCCACUUUGAGUUUGACGCGUGCUGGUGCCGCUUCAUUGCCUUCAGAAAGCUCUGACAGUCUAACAAUACCGACUUUAUCGCGCUCGCCUCCACCGCCAAUGCGUAAAGAGGAGACACACAUAGCACGUUCACUUACAGAUCAGCCGACAUGCUCGCUGCAUCAUGAGUUCUCGCUACUAAAUCGAAAUAUGCCACAUGUAGAGGUCGACCUAUUAGAUGCGAUUAAACGUUUUGCAGUCUUCAAGAUCUCGGCUGGUGGACACGUGGUGGUGUUGCAGACAGUUUUUCCUACCGAGUAUCCAAGUCCGAAUAUUGGACCCGAGUUCUCCUUUUGCGAGGGCACCACACUGCAUGAACAACUGUCUGCCGUGCUGCUGAAGACACUCAGAACGAACGCGUUGCAACGCGUUAAAAAAUCGCGUACCUGUGUCGAGCAAUGCCUGCGCGCAUUGGUGGGUGCUAUGAAAAAGUCGGUGGGCGGCGUCACCGACAAAUCACAGCUACGCCUACAGUCGCCACGCUUGGAGGGCGCACUAAGUGGUGCGCUACACGACGCCUGCAUACCAUAUCCACGCACGUCGGGUGUAAAUUUCAACACUACCGGCCUGUUGGUCACAUUCGCGCAAGCGCCGAAUGCUAAACGCCUAACAUUGCGUCAUCAGAAUACAACACCGCGCACAUUUUCCGCCAUUAGCGGUGGCGUACUCUUGGGUAAUGUCUUUAAUACGCAUCGCGAUUCAAAUGCCUCCUUUUACCUGCAAGAUCGCAUGAGUGCGAAACAUACGAAAAAUCGUUCGAUGCAAAAGCAAACCAAUGCCACGCCCAUCGUACAUAUUUAUGAAGCCUCCAAGCUGCUGAAUAUCAGCUGUGAAAUGGCCAAAGAAUUCUCACUGGACAAGCGCAAUUUGCGCGCCACUUGCCGUCGCAAUCGCCAAGUAUGCGAAACAUAUGGUCGUUACGACUUGGUGCCGAUAUGGACGCUCGCCGAACUGAUCGCCAAACCAAACAUACCGAAUGAAACCAAAUACGAGACACUCUUCUACAAAGACCCCUUUAAGAAAUUUCUACUCGAGGCAUUGAUUAUGCAUUUUGCCAGCGCUGGCGAUUUGCAGACGGCUGUCAUGUUGGCGUGUCUCUUUCACAAAUGCUCCUCAACAGCCGGCGAUUUAGGCGAUUUAAUGUUGACUACAACGCAAUGCUACCAGCACACCAAUAAACUACAACAAUUAAAUAAUACUUCGCCGUACCACACAGUGUUGCCCAUCGACUAUCAUGCCUCACAUCCGAAAUCGAACUCGGCGCUCGCGGUCAAUGUGCAUUUGAAGCAAUUGCGCAGUAAUUCUUGGUCAGACUCGUUGGACUGGGUGGACUCGAAAAAUUGCAACUCCGACUCGUAUUCAUGUUCGCUGAUAAGACGUACGAAAAUGCCGUUAUUCGACCACUUCAAGAAGGUGUAUGCGGACAUAUUGUUCGGUUGGCAACUGCUGACCAAACGCUCGCUGAUACUAAAGCAUACAAUGUUCUCACAAAGCCAGCCACAUGGUGUUGAAUUCGUCACUGAGUGCACCGGUUGCAAUAAAAUGAAGCGCACCCCCUCAUGCAUCAGCUGCAAGCGUCCAGUGCUCUUCUGCCAGCUCUGCAAUUUGCCUGUGAAGGGCGCGGCUAAUGCGUGCUUGGCUUGCGGUCAUGGCGGCCAUAUGGUGCAUAUGAUGCAGUGGUUCAAGAAACAUAGCAUUUGUGCCUCUGGUUGCGGUUGUAAUUGUUUGAAGCAGACUGCUGCUCUGCUGGCGCUUAUGAAUUGAUAGUCUACCUUGAGACUCUUUUUAUGUUAUGUGACAUUUUUAUAUUAGUGACCUAAAAUGCCUUAAAUUGUUGUGGCAAACAUAAUCUUGACCUCGAUACGCGCAUGUUUUAAAUAUGCUGUAUCUAUUUUUUGCUUACUUAUAUGCACAUAACUAUAAUAUGGACAAGAAAAAUUUUAAUUUUUUAUUAAUUAACCUAACCUAAUCUAAAAAUCGAAAUAAAUGCGAGACUACGCCAUUUUUUACUUAGCGUCAAA